AUGCGACGAAUCUUGCUCUGCUGGCUCGCCAUCGCCGCCAUCAUCAUGCAGACGGUGUCCGCGAAGAAGUUCAUGAAGAUGUUCGCAGAUGCCGGCAUCGGGAUUCAUUGUCCUUCCGGUUAGAUUUAUGCAUGGAAGUGUCUCUUCACUUUUGAUUAUUUUCAGGAAACAAAGUUUAUAUUCACCCUAUCAGUGGGGAUUUGCAAUUGUGCAAGCAGCAGCUAGGAGUCUACAAUGAGACAAGUUGUCCCGGAGGAACUGCCUGCGAAAGGUUUCCCAUUCUUAUCCCUGGUUUUCAAGUGAGUAUGAUCCUCUGAUUCAUUUAAUAUCUUAUUUGGUUUCCAGGACUACUGUUGCUGGUCUGAAAACAAUCCAGAAUCCGAAAACUCCUCGGAACUCUCCGAAAUUGUCAUGCCCAUGUCGAAACGGAAGCCGGGGGUUACUGUAGAGCCAAUUGAUGAAGAGGAAAACGAGAAAACGUUUCCGAUUGACGAAGAAGAAGAAGAGGAAGAUCUGAAGAUCGAGAGGAAGAAUUUGCCAAAGAAGAGAGUGAGUGAGGAAGAAGAGGAAGAAGACAUCGAGUGGGAGUUCGAGACGACGACGGUCAAGCCGAGGAAGACGAAAAGCAGAAAGAUCCCUGUUAUCACCACAACAGAACCACCCUUGCUCAUCACGACGACUGUAAAGUGAGUAAAACAAUUAUCGCGUAGCUCUACAAUACAAUUUUCUUCAGAAGUACACCAUCUCGUCGACCUCAAUGCAAUGAUCCAGAGAAAACGGUUUUGAUUGACUACGGAAACCGAUUGAGAGAUUGCUACUUUACAGUUAGUUCCUUAUUAUUUCGAAUAUUUCUAGCGUCAAACUUCAGCAAUGUCUGCGUGGUUUCAAAUGUGAAUUCAACCGCGAAAUCCGUCGAUUCAUCUGCUGUGGAAAUGAAAUCGACGUGCCACCGGCCGGACUUCCCACUAUUCCCGAGCCAGUUCCUGUUCUGAAACGUCGCCCAUUCCGGCCAACUAACAGACCAUUCGGAAGACUGAAUGACGGGGAAGAUGAAGAAGAAGAAUACGUGACGGGCGGCCCACGGAACCCGAUUGUUCCGAUCAGUCCGAUGGGUCCGAUGGGUCAGAUGGGUCCAAUUGGCCUCCGAAAGUGGAACAGAUGGUUGGAAACAACAUUGAAUCCACCGCAAUUCCGAAUCCGAAUAGGAAAGGAAAAUACGACGAAGACGAUGACUAUGAGGACGGCGACGGAGGAAAUGGAUGCGGAGGAAACGGAUGCACAUUCGGAAGAGGAAGAGGUGGCCAGAACUUGGGCGGUGGAUGCGAAAUGAACUGUCGAAGGAGCGGAGGAAGAGGCGGAAACAAUGAAGGAUGUGAAAUGGGAUGCAGAAGAGGAAGUAAUGGAAAUGGAAAUGGAAACGGAAAUGGAAACCGAGGAGGAGGAGGAGGAGGAGGAAGCAGUCAAGAGUGCGGCAAUGGGGGAUGUCCUUGGAACGGUGGAAAUAACAACGGGAACCGUCCCAGAAGACCUCGUCCCGACACUGAUUUCGAGGAAAAUGAGAAUGGAUGCGAAGCGGAUUUGAGUGGAGCGGGCGGAGGGAACAGCAACGGAGGACCGGUGCCUCCGAUCCCAGAGCCGAAGCCUCUUUGCAAAGGACUUCAGUUCAAGAAGUCCGGCGGGAAUGGAGGAGAUGGGAAUGGCAGGAAUGGGGGUGGGAAUGGAAACAACAACAACAACAAGGGACCACCUCCAAGGAAUAGCGGGAACGGGGGUGGGAAUGGAAACGGAAAUGGCAACGGCAACGGAGGAAGACCCAUGAAGCCUUCCCGCCUUCUGGAUCCGGCUCCAACCAAUCGAGAAGAAAUGGACCGCCACCUCCACGAUCUGGAAGUGGAAAUGGAAAUGGGAACAGUAAUGGAAACGGAACGGAGGAAGAAACAGUGGAAAUGGAGGAAGUGGAAACAGAAGAAGCAACAAUAACAAUGGAAGUGGAAGUGGAAGUGGCAGCAGCAGCAAUAACAACAAUAGCAACGGAGGUAAUGGUGACAACUGUGACUUCGAUAACCGUUGUGGAGGAGGAUAUGGGAAUGGAAACGAGAAUUUGCGAUUCAGCAGUCGAAAGCGUAAGUUUUUCCCAUCCGAUCCCAUCUUUUCAACUUCCCUUCUCGUUUAGAGCCUCCGCCAUCGUCGUCUAACAAUAAUAACAGCCACGGCGACAGAAAGGUACCUCGUUCCGUUCCAUUCUUCCCACCUCAUUCACCCAGUGAGUUCCUCUCUUGCAUGACUCUCUUUCGCUUUCUCUUUCUGCAGUAAUCCUAAAAACCGGCAGAAUUACAGUCCACAAGUGUCCGGAAGGAGCAGAGUAUCUAGAUGGAUUCACCGCGCCCAAGUGUCUACCUCCAGCCAUUGAUUCCUGUCCAAUGACCCAUAAUAAGUAGGCAUUUCCGCAAAUGUGAACUGGAAAUCUAACCUGAAACUUGAUGUUUUCAGAUGUGUUUAUUCCGCCCGAUUCGGUCAUCACGUCUGCUGCAAAUCGCAUUGAAAACAUGAGUAACAACAUGUCACCAGAAACGAACAUUCCGGCAAUUCAGAGUUCUAUAAUUUAUUUAGUGAAUCAAUUCGGUUUUUUUUUCAAUAAAGUCCUUCCAGUCACCUUCCGUUUGUUUCAAUUUGUUCCUUUCCACCGUCCAAACGCAUUAGAGGCACCCAUUAGUGGGUGGAAGGAAGCCUCCCUUCUUUGAGAACAUCUUCAGAUGAAGCUGUCCUUGCUGCCGCUAAUCCUUCUGUUCACUUCUUCUGUUCACUCAAUAUUUCUAGUUUGAUUCGUUCUCGCAAAGCUCGCGCCUCGCAAAUCACAAAGUCAUGGAUAUCCUCUCCAUUUUCGUCCUCCAGAUCGGAUCGAACCGAUUCUCCGCCUAUUGAGGUCAACCUUCAGUCGGGGCUCUCCUCGAUUCGCACGCUCUCUCCGCGUCUCCAGCAUCUCAUUUAUUUCUUAGAAUUCCCGACACGUCGCCUCUUUUGAAGAAUCGACACUUCGCAACUUUGUUUCGUUUCCAUAGCGCUUCCUCACUUUCGCUCGCCGAUUUUCCCCCCGCUAUCAACGCCCUGUAUCAACUAUCGCUUUCACUUUGCCAUUGACCGUGAGGGCCGACAAGAUGGUUGCCAACCGCAGCUUCCACACACAAACAUCCUUCUUCGCCCCCGUGUCUCUCUCUCUUUCUCUCUCAAAAACCGCUUCGAAGCCUUUUUGUGAUCGUGUCGGCGGGGGAUGUAUAAGUCCUCCUUGCCUCAUCUCCCGUUUCACUUUCCGCCCACUCUUCACCGAACCACUUGCUUACCACAGACCUUUUUCUCCGCUAUCUUUCUCUCCUCCCACUUGGGUCCUGUUUUAUUCCAGGCAAUGAACCUACUGCAUGUCUUCUUUUCAUCCCUAAUCUCAAUCGUAGUGAUAGAGUGCCAAGUGAGAGCCCUUUUCUUCUUUUUCACGUCAAUUCACAGUGUUCUAGGUCGCCCCAAUUGUGCAUCCGGCUCUGCUCGAAGGUCCUCAGAAUGAAGUGGUGCCGUCGCUGAUCUUUCCAACCAACCGAGUAGCCAAGAACCGUCUGCGAUCCCGAGUGUUCCGUGAUGCUUCUUCACAAGGUAAACGACCUUCCGAUGACAGCUUUCACCUCCGAAUAUCGCAUUUCAAGGCUACAAGGGGCUGAUAGACAGUCCCCGCUUGUUCCGUGCUUCUGGCCGUUUUCAUAAGCGGGUUCAAUCCGCCACAACGCACGAUAUUCAAAGUGUUCCGUUGCCACAAGGUCAGUGUGAAACUGGAUCAACGACGGUUAAUCCGAAAGUUCAGACGCCGUCCAAAUAGUCUCGUACAAGUACGAUGCAGAGAAGCAUAACGAGAAAAAGAUGUCGGACAAUGAUAUCAUUACGAACGAGGAAGCCGAAGACGUGAGAAAAGCAGGAAUGAUUAUUUGUUCAUUGACUUUAUGUUAAUUUCAGCACGCGCGUGCGAUCGAAAGAACGACGAUGGCUGUGAAGAUCAGAGAGGAAGAGACGACGUCGACGACUGCUCCGGUGACGACGACUACGCAGAUGCCGGAGCACAACUCAAUCAAUGAAAUCAACGGAUCCUUAAACAGCCCGCAAACCCGUCCGAAAACAUUCUCACAAACGGUCACGGCCUACGGAUCCGCUGGCCCGUCCAACCCAAUUCAACAGGUAACUAAAUUCAGUUGACUUUCAUGAAAACGAUUACCAUUUCACAUUCAGCUACCUCUUCAACCCCAACCUCCUCUCGUUUUCUCUCCACAACCUCCACUCGCCCCUCCGACUUUCACCAUGCCGAGUCUCAUUGCUCCUGGCCAGAUUCAGCAGGGAAUCCAGCAGCAGAACAUUCCUCCUCAGCAACCACCACCCGCUUUUCCACAAACUCCGAUUGGUCUGAACCCGAUUGGAAUUCCUCAUCAACCAUCGAAUGCUCUCGUGGCUGGAGUACCGAACUUCCCUCAGCAGCCAGUCACUCUCACGCCCACUGGAACCAAUCCGACGCCCUCUGUGAGUCUAUUCAACUUCAUAUCUUCAUCUUACGUUUAUCCUCAGAUCGGAGGACUGUCCCCUAACCAAGUGAACCCGGGAGUCUUGCCCCAACAGCCUCUCCAACCUCCGCAGUCUGCUCUGUCUCCGAAUGCGAACGAAGAGAAGCACGACACUCACGAGCAGUUGGGCUGCGGAUAUGACUGGCUCACCAACUCCUGCAAAGACGUCUUCGCCCUCAACUGGUGCGGGAAGUGUCACGACUUUGGAAACAUCUUCCUGCACGACUGCAAGUGCGUCGCGCCCCUUAUUCCCCUGCCCACAACGGUCCGCCCGUCGCCCCCUCCGCCGCCUCCGCCGGCUCCUCAACGACAUCCGCUCUUCUUCUGGCUCAUUUGA